AUGUCCUUCCUCUCCAAAUCAUGGCUGUCCAAAAAGUCCGAGGUCGUCCUCUUCUCGUCCACCGCCAUUGCUCUCUAUGGCUACGACCAGGGUAUGAUGUCUCUCAUCAACACCAAUGCCAAUUAUCUAUCAACUCUCGGAAUUAGCGAAAAGUCACCUCUCGUCGGUAUCAUCGUCGCUGUUUAUUAUCUUGGUUGCUCUGUUGGUGCUGUUCUCUUCAGCUAUUUCAGUGACACCUUUGGUCGCAAGAAGGGCAUAUUUGCAUGUCUUGCAACUGCGUCACUCGGUAAUCUCAUCAUGUUCCUCACAGGACUGGGUGGUUGGAGUACCGGUGCAAUCCACAUGUUCUGGGUUGGCCGUGUAGUCAUGGGCUUAGGCGUUGGGGGUAUUGAUAGUGUGAUCCCAGUGUACUCAAGCGAGCUAUCGAAUGAUGAGUCACGUGGUAAAGCGCUGGCCCAAGAGUUUCAGAUGAACAUAUUUGGUCUAAACAUGGCAUUCGCAAUCAAUUUGGGCGUCACGGUCGCUCUCGGAAAGACAAAUGAAUGGGCCUGGCGAAUUCCGAUCGUGGUCAUGCAGGCCUACCCGAUUCUGUUACUACUGGUAAUUGAAAGACUGCCAGAGAGCCCACGGUGGUUAUUGUAUCACGAUCGGAAAGAUGAAAUGUACGAGGCACUGGAAGAUGUCCACGGAAAGGAAGAUGGAAAGCAAAAAGCCAAAGAGUUGUUGGAGUCUCAUGAAAAGGAGAAAGAUAUGGAUGUCGGAUACAUUGAUAUGUUGACGCCCGGACACCAACAGUUCCAUCCGACAGUAAUUACGGUAAUGGGCCAGGUAAAUCAGGCAUUGACCGGUUAUGGUGCUGUAUCUGUAUACGGUCCUCAAAUCUUCGAGUUGCUUGGGUAUGGAGUGCGAAGCGCCGAAUAUCUCACGCAAGCAAAUUACCUUUCAUACUUCGCGCUUAUGACCUUUGCAUGGCUUCUGAUCGACGCAAUUGGCAGAAGGAAGCUCAUGGUUGGAGGUAGCGUUGUGCUCACUGUUUGCUUCCUCCUUCUCGCGCUCUUCGGCGGCUUAGCCAUGGAAUCGGACUCGAUCGGUAUCUCAAAUGGCCCUCCAGCAGUUCUCGGCAGCAUUGCCCUGUUCAUUGCAACUGGUGGAUUCGGAAUCGGCUGGCUUGCGACAGUGUGGCUGAUACCUACCGAAAUCUAUCCGACAACUGCACGGGCACAGGCUUCAGCCAUCAGUGUUAUCAUCUGGGGUCUAGCAAAUUUUGCUGUCACGCUGACAACGCCAAUAAUGUUCAAUAACUUAAAGUACUGGUUGUUCCUUGUUUUUGCUGCGACCAAUGCUUUCGCUGGUAUCUGGACGUACUUGUAUCUGCCAGAAAGUGGAGGACGCAGUUUCGAGGAGAAUCAGAAAUACUUCGAUGACGCUAAAGAGCAAGGGACAUGGCGCGUAUCGAAGAUAGAGAAUGGCGUAUACCGGAGAUUGCCAUAUGGAGGUGAUCUUGAAGGCGAGAGAACGCCUUUGCUACAAAGAGUUGAGGACCAACUGACGAACUGA